AUGCCUCCUGUUGCCAACCUUCCUAUGGGCGGCCAGCAUGGCCCGUCCAACUUUGACAAAUGUAAGGUUACAGCCGCAAUACUCUCUUGGGAUCGUGUACUGAUGAACUCGACAGUCAAAAUGGGAGCUAUGAUGGGAGGAACUGUCGGUGUUAUCAUUGGCUUCAUCUACGUGAGCAUAUUCAGAUACGGCGCAGGGUCACAGGGUGUCUUUAGAACUCUGGGACAGUUUAUGGGUGCUUCUGGUGCUACUUUUGGUGUUAUUCGAUCCGACGCCGAUCCCAAGCUUCGCGAAGCUUAUAUGCGAGCGCACCGAAGACCAAUCAUUAUGAUGGCGAGUCCAGCCUGGAGGAAGAGCUCAUAA